AGGUUUAAAGAUGGCUUUUCUCAAUCUUAAACAUGGUGUAGGCAAAAACACAAACUUGGAACUUUCUGCCUCAAAUGGUUCACUUUUCCAGACUAUAAGAAGCAUGUCUUCGUCUAAGCUUUUCGUUGGGGGUCUCUCGUAUGGCACUGAUGAAAGUUCUCUGAAAGAGACAUUCUCUCAAUAUGGUGAAGUAAUUGAAGCUAGAGUCAUUCUGGAUCGUGAAACUGGGAGGUCCAGAGGGUUUGGUUUUAUUAGUUUUCCAUCAAGUGAAGAAGCAACAAGUGCCAUGCAGGCCAUGGAUGGCCAGGAUCUUCAUGGAAGACGCAUAAAGGUGAAUUAUGCCACAGAAAAACGUCGUGAUGGUUUUGGAGGUGGCUAUGGCGGCGGUAACUAUGGUGGAGAAGGUGGAAACUUUGCAGGUGGUGGAGGUUAUGCAGCCAGUAAUUAUGGAGGUGGAGGCGGUGGAUUUUCUGGUGGUUACAAUUCUUCUGGAGGAGGUGGCUACAAUUCUGCUGGAGGAAGUGGCUAUGGUAGCAGUAGUGGCUAUACCUAUGGUGGGGAAGGUGGAAAUGUUGCAGGUUCUGGAGGUUACCCAACCAACAAUUACGGUGGUGGAGGGACUGAAUUUUCUAGUGGUAACAGUUCUGCUGGAGGAUACAGUAGCUAUGGAGGUGGUAGUAGCAACUAUGGGAACAACAGUUCCCCUGUUGAGGGUGGUAACUACGGAAGCAGCACUCCAAACAUCAAUCAUUCUGGUCAAGGCAGUAGUUUUUCAGGUGGUUAUGGCGGUGGCAACAGUGGGAAUGACUUUGUUGGAGCUCCUAGUAACAAUAAUAGCUUCGCUAACACGGGAUUUGGUGGGAGCUCUGAAGCAUCAUAUAAUGGAAGCCAAGAACAGGUUAGUGCAGAUCAAGGAACUCAAUCUAUAAAUGAACAUCUUGGACAGGAGACACCAGAAGGAAACUACAGGGAUAACGAUGACAAACCAAAGGAUUACGCCAACACCAGGGGCUGAAGAAAUGUUUGGUUUCAAGAGAAUGUCUAGGACAUAUGUUUGAGUCAUGCGUGAAUAAGAUUAGUGAUUCUGUACUAUUGAUAUUUUUGCUUUCGGUAUCAAUAAUACUCUGGUUUAUUUUUAUGGUGGAAUUUUGAAUUGGUCAUUCCCAUUUUCAAUUGUACUGGCAAUAUGUGUAUUAGUAAUUACUAUUAGCAAUAUUUGCAUAAAAA